CGAACGAUCAGCCGCCAGCUAAUUAUCGGCCACCAGCUACCGAUCAGCCGCUGGCGAAUGAUCGGCCGCCAGCGAACAAUCGACCACCAGCGAACGAUCAGCCGCCAGCUAACAAUCGGCCGCCAGCGAACAAUCAGCCGCCAGCAAACGAUCAGCCGCCAGCUUACAACAGGCCACCAGCUAACGAUUGGCCGCCAGCGAACGAUCAGCCGCCAGCUUACAAUAGGCUACCAGCUAUCAAUCGGCCGUCAGCGAACGAUCAGCCGCCAGCUUACAAUAGGCCACCAGCUAACGAUUGGCCGCCAGCGAACGAUCAACCGCCAGCAAACGAAACAAUGGCGUGGAUGACGAUGUGGGCUCAAGCUUCUUCACAAGAAUAUGAAAAGCCUCCUCGAUUUUGUCCGCCAAAAGGCGGACACAUCUGUCCUCCGGGAGGUCCAGAGGGGAAUCUUCCCUAA